GUGUUUUAAGGUCCACCCGUUGCUGUUGGCAUGAGUAUAGACGUGGCCAGUAUAGACAUGGUGUCAGAAGUCAACAUGGACUACACGUUGACUAUGUACUUCCAGCAGUACUGGAGAGAUAAGAGGCUGGCCUAUGCAGGGAUCCCUCUCAACCUGACGCUGGACAACAGAGUAGCAGACCAGCUCUGGGUCCCUGACACCUAUUUCCUCAAUGACAAGAAGUCCUUUGUGCACGGUGUCACUGUUAAGAACCGUAUGAUUCGACUCCACCCAGACGGCACUGUUCUCUACGGCCUCAGAAUCACAACGACAGCAGCCUGCAUGAUGGAUCUGAGGAGAUACCCGCUGGACGAACAGAACUGCACUCUGGAAAUUGAGAGUUAUGGUUACACAACAGAUGAUAUAGAAUUCUAUUGGAAAGGAGGAGACACUGCAGUGACCGGGGUGACGCGCAUCGAGCUCCCUCAGUUCUCCAUAGUCGACUACAAACUGGUCUCCAGGAAUGUGGUCUUUUCCACAGGUGCCUACCCUCGACUGUCUCUGAGCUUCAAGCUGAAGCGAAACAUCGGAUACUUCAUCCUACAGACGUACAUGCCCUCCAUCCUCAUCACCAUCCUAUCUUGGGUGUCGUUCUGGAUAAAUUAUGAUGCCUCGGCUGCCAGAGUUGCAUUAGGGAUCACAACUGUCCUUACCAUGACGACCAUCAACACCCAUUUGAGAGAGACUCUGCCCAAGAUCCCCUACGUCAAAGCUAUCGACAUGUACCUGAUGGGCUGCUUUGUGUUCGUCUUCCUGGCUCUGCUGGAAUAUGCCUUCGUCAACUACAUCUUCUUUGGAAGAGGCCCUCAGAUGCAAAAGAAGCUGGCAGAGAGGGCACAGAAGGCAAAUAAUGACCGGAAUAAAUUUGACAGGCCCAAGGUCGACUCCCAGGGGAACAUUUUACUGACAACCUUGGAGAUCCACAACGAGGUGGGAGGGAAUGAGAUCACAACCACCGUGAGUGAGACUCACAACUCUUCCUCCAUGGUGUUUGACAACUCAGGGGUCCAGUACAGGAAGCCGAGUGGGCCGCAGGAGCUGGGCCGCCUCAGCCUAGACAGGAACGCACAUCUAAAGAAGACCCGUCUGCGGAGACGAUCCUCGCAGCUCAAAAUCAAAAUCCCAGACCUCACCGAUGUGAACGCCAUCGACAGAUGGUCACGGAUAAUAUUCCCCUGCACCUUCUCCCUCUUCAACUUAAUUUAUUGGCUUUAUUAUAUCAACUAAUGCACUGAUGUUUUUUUUUAAACCCAUCC